GCGGCAACACCAUUGCGCUAAGCGAUCCAAAAUAUACCGCUAACCCAUAUCGCUGAGAGGAGUCAGUGAAUCCUUAGGAAUUAAAAAAGAAAAAAAAUGAUUGAAGGCGAUCGAGAACUUUCAGCUAUGAUUCAGGAGCUCUGGGACAACGACAUCAAUCGGCUGAGACCUGGGAUAGACUAUCACAUAUCUCUACAGGGAAAAGCAGGUGAUCGGACUGGUUUUGCCGAUGACAAUGACGGAGCAGGGCUGCCUUUGUUUACAUUUGUUGACGAAAACAUUUUUAAAAAGGAGACAUUUUUGGCUUUCAUCUCACUUCUGGACAACUAUGAAAGUGAUACUGGAGAACCGGAGAUUGUCACACCAGAGGAAGAACUGGAAAAUCACAAGUUCCUGGAUUCAAUCAUAAAGACCCCCACUAUGAAGAUCGCCCACAAAUACCUAGUGGGGAAGAAUCUUUCUCCAGAGGACACCACAGACUUUAAGAAGCAGCUCUAUCACAUUUGGUUUGAGCUUUAUGCCAGGAGAGGAUCCAGUAAACCGGACUCAUCUGGUUUCGAGCAUGUGUUUGUAGGAGAGACGAGAGGCGGUCACACGGUCAUCGGCUUUCAUAACUGGAUUCAGCUGUACUUACAGGAGAAACUAGGACACAUUGACUACAAAGGAUAUAGUGUGAACGCCAACUCACCACAGCCAGAUGAGAACAAGCACAUUUUGGCUCUGCAGUUCAGCUGGAAGAAUGGAAUCAAACCCAAAGGAAGCAUCUUCAUCGGCGUGAGCCCGGAGUUUGAGUUUGCCCUGUACACACUGUGUUUCCUCACGUCUCCAAACGAGCGAGUCAAAGUCUCCUUUAACAUCUAUGAGGUGGAGAUCGUCUGUCACCACUACAACCAGAAGCACAUAGGCACUACUUAUCCUGUCCUUGUGAAAUACUUAGAUGUAUAACCAUACACAGGCUCGAGGGAUUCAUAGUUAAUUCAUUCAUAGUGGCUUAUGGUUUAUAAGUAUUGAUUUUAUGUUUUAAUCUCAAAAACAAUAAACCAAAAGAGCAUCAGUGCCAUAACCUUGCUUGUAGUGUCUAAAUGAAUCUCGACUGCAUGAAUUCUGAAGGGCUU